UCAUAAAAUUCUAGUACUGAAAUUUAUCCCUUUUUUCCUUUUUUUUUCAAUAGGAAUCGACUAGUUGAACAGCAGCUACCUCGAUUUGCUAGUGCCGAGCUGUAUGCCGUCCAUGGCGGCUAGCCGGCUAGAGCUCGCUGUGCUCGGUGGCGAGAGGGGAGCACAGGAGUGGUAGGAAUGGACUCACCCGAGUGGGUUGGUGGUGGCGAGCAGCCACACUUGGCGCGCCAUGUCCGCGCUUGCUCCGGCGAACGCCACGGCGCAGGGCGUGGAGGAGGACAUCAUCGUCCCGCUCCUCGCCCGCCUCGCCACCAUCGACGCCGUCCUCAACGCCGCGCCCGGCCCCGAUCUUGAUCGCCAAGAUGGGACAGCGACAGCGCCGGCACCGUGGCGCGCCGCCGCGGCGGAAGAAGAGAGGAACGCGAGGGCCGAGGCAGGCGCGCUGCUGGAGAAGGUCCAGCGGGAGAUGUCCCACCUCCGGACCGUCUUCCGCCGCAUCGACGACGCCGACAAGCGCAUCCGCGACGGCUUCGACCCGGUCGAACAGCGCAUCGACGACGCGCUCCAGCACGAGCACCUCGAUGCGGAGCUCGUCCGCGCGGCCCUCCUCGCCGUCGACGCCGACAUCGAUGCCAUCAGGGCCAGGAUCCGGGAGGUCUACCGGUUCCCGUGCGACGGCGACGAGCACCGUGAUUCUCCACCGCCGGCGCCCGCGCCGGCGGCCGGCGUGGUGAUGACCAGGAGGAUGGGGGAGAUCCGCCGCGGCCCGCAGAUGCGGCACCUCAGGCUCGCCAUCGGCGGCUUCGAGGCACGGCUCCGCGGCUGCGUGCUCUGCCUCGCGGCGUUCCCCGAGGGCACCGUCAUCAAGAAGCGCCUCCUCAUCCACUGGUGGAUCGGCGAGGGCUUCGUCCGCUCCGCCGACGAGGGGAAGAGCCGCUUCGACGAGCUCAUCGCCAAGGGGUUCAUCGUCCCAAUCCCCAGCCAUCUCUGCGCCACCGUCCACCGGUGCACGGUGCGGCCGUGGAUGCGCGACCUCCUCACCACCAUAGCCAAACGCACCGCCUUCCUCGAGCUCGACUCCGGUAAUGACUUCACCCUAGCGCGCCGCGCGUGCCUGAACGCCGGCAAGGUGGAGCUCGGGUUCAGCGCCGAGGCGAGGGCCAUCUACAACGUCCACCAGAAGUACCUCGAGCUCGGCGACGGCUGGUUCGCCGGGAAGAAGGAGCUGCGCGCGCUGCAGCUCGGCCAGUGGAGGGAGUUCGGCCCUCUCCAGCAGAUCGCCAACCCCAUGGACAGCCACAUCGAGCUCGAUGGCGUGGAGCGCUUCACUCACCUCGAGAGCUGCAAGAACCUGAGGUACAUCAGCUUCAGGGGAAUCUCAAGGAUCGAGUCGCUGCCCGACUCGAUCGGCAAGCUGCGCGAGCUCGUCGUGCUGGAUCUCCGGGCAUGCCAUAAUCUGGAAGAAUUAGGACAAGGCAUCACGAAGCUGGAUCGAUUGGAGUACCUCGACCUGUCCGAAUGCCACCUGCUCGUCGGAAUGCCCAAAGGGAUAGGCCGGCUCACGCGGCUCGAGGUUCUCAAAGGGUUCGUGAUUGCAAAUCCCAGCAGCAGAGAUCUCUCCCAUCUGCAUGAGCUCACCAAGCUGAACAAGCUCAGGAAGCUUGGAAUUGUGAUCGGCACCAUGGCUGUCCCAGCUGAGGACGAGUUCCUGAAAUUGGGCGAGUUCAAGGCGCUCGAGUCGCUCAAGAUCAGAUGGGGCGUGCUGACUUCGGUUAAAAAUGAGAGCACAGAAGCAUCAACACAUCAUCCGAUCGCCAUGAUGAAGUUUGCGCUUCCUCCAAAUCUCAAGAAACUGGACCUCCGAUGCUUCCCGCUGACGGAUUUCGCUCAAUGGGUUCCACCAAAGGGUGUUAAGAAGCUGUACAUUAGGGGAGGAAAACUGUUGACACUUGGAGAUGAAGAGGGCUGGGAAACAGAGGUGCUGCGACUGAGAUUUCUUAAUGAUCUUGAGUAUGAUCAUGAUCGAUUUAAACGUUUGUUCAGGAAUCUCAAACCUGAAAAUGUGGAAAUUCAUGCAUGCCCAAAGUUCAUCCGUAGUCAAUGAUUCAGUGUACACGGUACUGGCUGCCUCAGCUUGUUACAGCCUGUACUUGCUGCUUUUCGAAGAAUAUAUGAGCUUAAGUGGGCUGGUUUUAUAGCCUUUUACCGAGUCUCCAAAAAGGGAAGAGUUUUCAUUCUAUUACCAUUCAGAGUUUAGCCAACUUAGUUGGUUCUUGCCGUUGCACAGCCACAGGGAUUGCAGUGUCUUUACUCUAUCAGAUUCCUGAUAGUUGAUAAUAGCAGUAACCUGGAAAUAUUACCAGGUUGGUUCAAGAACCUUCCUUACUUGCAGCUAUUGUAUUUAUCAGGCUGUGCUAUGUUGCAAUCCAUUCCCCAAGAAGUGAGGAAAUGCGACAAAAUUGAGAUAAAGACUGCCCCAAUUUGCCAGGACCAUUCAGCAGUAACAGUUGUAGCAGCAGCGACAGAAUUUAGACUUAUAUCACCAAAUUUCAGUGUGCAAGAGUUGAGGGCAGAUAUGGAGAGGUUGAAGAUAGAAGUGUUGAAGGUGAAAGCUAUACGGGAGGCAUAGCCCACGACAGUACAAAUUGUUUCCUUAAAGGAAACUAUGCUAUAUCUGGUUUAUGUUUAUGAGGUAGUUUGAGCUUCCCCUGUACUGAUGUCAAUCUUAAUUGCCUCAGCUUGUAACAACCUGUACUAGUUCCUUUUUGAGGAUUAUGAGUUUGGUGGGAUGGUUUUAUUGCCUUCUACCGAGCCUUUAAAAAGGUAAGGUAAAUGUUUCAUUUUGAAAGAUUUUAUCAUGUUUGCGAGGUACCUAGAGGUACAAGGAGGUGGGGACGACGUGAGCCAUUAAUC